GUAGCCCUAAAAGACCUCUUCAAACCUAAGUCAUGACAGCACCUGAUGAUUCUACUGUACACAAGGCCAGUUUCACAACUUCCGGUGAUGAAAAAGGAGACGUGGAUUACGGCAGCAUUGACCGCACAGUUCCUGCUCCUGGACGUCUCCACUACGUGCCCCUGGAGGUCUUAGCUCUCUUGUAUUUCACCAACGGCAACUUUCUUAUAUUCCAUCUUCAGUUCUACCUCCGCGAGAGGGCAACGCUGGAAUACGAUGACAAUCAUCUGAACCACAGCCUCAACAGCAACAGCACAGACAGAGAGGACGCCAUUCAACUCAAAGCCACGACUGACUUAAUACUCCUGUUGUCAUGCCUGAUUCUGCCUGCUUGUCUGAUUGCUCUCUUCAUGGGGGGACUCUCAGACGUGUUUGGGCGGAAGAUGCUGAUGUAUCUCUCACUUACUGGAUCUACGGUUUAUUCUAUCAAUAUCAUUAUUGUCGUUCGGUUCGGUUUAAGUGUCUACUUUUUGUGUAUAGGCGCGGUUUUGCAUGGAUUAGGAGGUUAUUUAGCAACAAUGAUGACAUCUCUGUUUAGCACUGUAGCUGACAUCACUGAAGCAGGGGACAGCAGAUCCUGGCGUAUGAUUCUACUCGCCUUUAUCAUGUUCUUGUCCUUUGCUCUUGGAAACGCUAUUCUAGGAGUUUGGAUUGACCAAGCCGGAUACCUCCAACCACUGUACCUCAGCAUUGCUCUCUGUCUUGCGUCGUUUCUGGUAGUGAUACUUCUCAUUCCAGAAACGCACCAGACAGUCAAAUCAAAAUAUCGUCUGAAAGAAAAUUUAUCUAACAUUAAACAAGGAUUUAACUUUUACUUAGCCCCGUCAGAAAAUCGCACGUUGGUCGGUUUGUGUCUCCUGACAUUCAUCACGUCAUUUUCCGUGGAAUUUACGAAAAAUAUUAUCCUAAAUCUGUUCCUGCUAACUCGGCCCUUCUUCUGGUCAAAGACC